CUGGCGUUUGUGUGCCGAAACUCUCACCCACAUAUUCAAACAUAAAGGACUUAAACAUACACAUACGAAUUAUUAUUAUUAUUUGGAUGUCAUUAUGUCGUUAUGUACCGUUAAACUCAAAUACAUUGAAAAUUAAAUACUAAACAGCAAAGCAACGAGACCAAGAAAAAAAAAUAUAUUUGUGUCAGUCAUUAUGCUGUUUGUUGCUGUAUAUUUGUGAAUGAAAAGACCCUGACUGAAGCAACAACAGCAACAAAAAUACCGAGAAAAUCCUAGUUAUUCAAACGUAUAAAUGAAUGAAAAUAAUGACUGACUCACCGUCUAAACGUAUGGCUGGCUGACUGUUUCUGCUUGCAUUUAUUUGUUAACUUUUUUUUCGAUUCGUUUUUAUGCCAUUACCGUUGUGGUUUCUGCAUUCAUUUCUUGUUUUUCUCUACUCUACUCUACUCUUCGACAUCUUUGUCAUAUUGGGUGGUGGGACUUUUGAUUGCAGUGUUGUAUUUUUAUUAUCCUUUUAAAUACAAGUUUCAACGAAAUACAUCAACGUAAUGGGUGAUUUACAAGCAACAAUUGAAUUUUCAGUGGAAUUGUAUAAAUUUUUUAAUGUCGACUUAUUUCAAAGAGGUUUAUAUCAAGUACGAUGUGCCCUGCGUGUCUCACCCCGUUUACCGGUACAAAUCGAGACCACAAUACCAGAAACCACAGCUAAUGGCCAGCCAGCAGCACAGCCCAUUAUAUCAAAUGGAAGUGGUGCUAGCGGAGGUAGUAGUGAUGCUGCUAAUACAAAUACCAACAGUAAUGGAAGUGGUAACAGUGCAGGUUUAGGAGUAGUAGGAGGAGGAGGAGGUGGUAUUCUCGGUUUGUCUAAUGGCAAUAAUAUUGUUGUUGUUGGCGGCGGCGGUGGCAUUGAAGCAGACCUAAGAGAUCAACAACUUCAUCAUCAACCUUCCGAUAUACCACCACUACCUAAUAAUGUGCACAAUUUAGGUUCGGCCAGUAUAAUUAAUGGGGCGGGGGCCUCACGUGUUUUUCAAAUACUCUAUCGCAAUGAAGAGGUGACAUUACGUGAUGUAAUAUACUUUCGAACACAUUUAUUAGUUGACAGUCGUCAUUUAAAAGAGUCUAUAGAACGUGCAGAAUUUUCAUUACAACUUGAAUUGUGGUUUGCUGAACAGAAUGGUUCUGCCUCGAAUUUAUCCUUGGCAUCAACGCGUACAUUACAACUUAACUUUCAUCCAGGACGUGGUUUACACUAUCACUUGCCCGUAUUAUUUGAUUAUUUUCACUUGGCUGCCGUAAGUGUGGGCAUACAUGCAAGUUUGGUGGCAUUGCAUCAGCCAUAUAUCAAUGCACCCAAGAAUUCAAAACCCUGGUUAAGUACGGGCAAACUAAGUUGUCGCGGUAGUAUGUCGCCAGGACCUUUAGAAGCUGUAUUCUUUGGUCCCCAAGUAGUGGGUACUACAAAAUGUAGUGGUGGUCCGGCUGGUCGUCUUUUACAAUCCCGCCAAUUACAUCGUGAGAUAUGUAGUUUACUACUGGGAGCUAUAGAGCAGUUGAAAAUAUCCUUAAAUGAAUUCAGUAAUGUACUCCCACCGAAUAUAAAUACACAAAUAGGUUCACCACCGUUUCGGGAAAAUGAUACUAAUGAUAGAAUGCUUAAGCUAAUGGAGCAAGCUAAGAAUCAUGACUCCGAAGAGGAUUUCGCCAUUAAAGCCAAUUCGGAUAUAGCACAAUUGUGUGCCGAAUGUAUAAUGUUUUGGCGUCGAGUCUUAAUCGCCUCUACUCAACCGUCUGUGCAUACGUUAUUGGCCAAAAAGCAUCAUAUUCUUAGAGUACGCAGAUUUUCCGAAGGUUUCUUUGUUAUGGAAAAUCCCCGUCAUACGGCAGCUGGUUGUUAUGAUAGUAAUUAUCAGAAUUACAUAGCCAUAUCGGAAAUGGCUAGACGAAGUCGUUAUAUGCAAACUUUGCCACCUUUGCCAGUCCAUUGUACACCGAUUGAUGGUGACACCAAUUCUAUGCCACUUAUCUUUGAAGAUCGUUAUAUAGAGCCUAGUAAAUUUACACGCAAGCGUACAGGGUCCGAUCCCAACUUAAAUCGUGUAGAUAUUCCCGUAAAUGGUAAAGUCAAAGGUGCAACAGAUAAGCCAGUGCCCGCAGCGAGAAAACAAACUAAUAAAGAAUGUUCUUGUGGGGUGGCCUAUGAUUAUCCCUUAAAGAACAAUGGUGUAACUGGAGUGUUAACGCCACGCUUUGCUUUGGGUGGUGAGAUUUUGCAAGCAAGUUUAACUAUCGCGCCCACGGCAGCCAGUAAAGGACCCAAUCCUACCAUGAGCCACCGUUACAUGUCGCGACAUUCGGUUAAUGGUUUAUUAGAUGAAAUCGAAGUUGAUAAUGGUACCUCAAAUGGUUUCUGUGAACUCGGUAGUGCUGGCACUUUGCCAGCCAGACAUAGCAAGUCUUUGGAUCAGCUCGAUGGCACUGUUCACAGUACACCUUCCCUGCGAACCCAAAAUACCUUAGCUUAUCCCGCUAAAUUAUCAGAGACCGAGUUAAGGCAAUAUUCUUUGUAUAGUUCGGUACAGAAAGGACCAUCCUUUAAAGGUUUUGGUCUCAAUAGUAAUCGUAAGCCCAAAGUACAAGCAGAAGAUCUCAUGCGCAAUAUCAAUGAAUUCAGGCAAAAAUAUAAAAAUGUCGAGGAAAAUAACAAAGACUGUGAGCCCUUAACCAAUGGCAAUCAUUCGAAGUUUUAUGGUCCUACUAAUGCAGCCACAUUAGGUCGACAACCAUUGGAACAUGGCAUGUCAGCCAGCAAAUAUGAUUAUCUCCAUGAGAUCAAAUUAUUAAAUCCACCCAAAAAAGUGGUAGAACGGCAACGUACUUACUACAAUUCUCUGCCAAAAAGCAUAACAAAUGGAGAAAUUGUGCCACGUCCAUCGUAUACACCCAAUAGGACACUGCCACAAAAUGGUCCAGCAACUCAGCCCAUUGUGUGGCCUCAACAGAUUGUUAUAUCACGCAGUAAUUCUUCGCAAGCCUUAAAACAGAAUGUUAACAGGGAAAUGGAACCGAAUACCACAUCCACCAUACCCAGAUCAGUGGAAAUAGCCCGUGUUAGAGUAUCGGACCUUAAAGAAAUGCUUAAGAAUGGUACACUGCAAAAAGAAUCCAGUAGUUCGGAAAGUGAUAUUCCCUCCAAGGUAAAGAAGUCGAAGGCAGAACAGAAAAUGCUGUCCUCAGCCAGUGUGCCCUUUAAACUGGACUCAACUUCAGGUGAUCAAGAUCAAACAACUAGUGGUUUCAGUGAGUCCUUGCCCAAUUUGGCGCCUCCUCAUCAAUUCACCACCGAGGGAGUAUUAAGUGACUCCACAUCAUCGUUAAGCGAAGAAAGCGGUUGGGUAUCGAGUCGACGCAGCUCUAUUAUACCCUCUAGUCCGGAGACUAUUUUAAAACAGACCCAAACUAAACAAACAAGUGAAUUAGAAACUCGUCUCAAUGGCGAACAACUCAGAUUGAAAUUGCAAAAACUUUUAGAGCAACAAAAUAAAACUAAAAAGCUUAAAGAGAAUCGUUGUAAUACAAAAACUUUAAUGAACAGCACUGAAGGAGGUGUCAACAAAAAGGUCACCACGGUAACAGUCAAAGUUAAAACUGAGCGUUUAAAAUCGGAACUAAGACGUAAUCUAAGGAAUAUACCCUACAAUGAAUCGACGGAAGUGGAGGAUUCUGAUAUGUCACUCAUACAGACCCAAAGAAGAGAACGACAUCGACGCACGGAAAAAUCUAAAUCAGAUUUUGAUUUGACCAGCAUUAAGGAGACAACAGGCUCCAUAAUAAAUGUAAGAGUACCGCCACCGCAACAAUUUCAAGAUGAUCUUCUGCCGCCGGAUGAAUUUAGAGAUCCUCCCGUAACUAAUGAAAAUCAAACAAAGAAAUCUUUACAACUAAAACCUAAACACACUACAAAUCCCUCGACUAGUAUAACAACGCCCGUAACAUUUAACACGGAAACGUAUCAGAAUCUAACACAACAUUCGUCACCAUCAAUUGUAGUGCCACCAGCACCACCGCCUCCCUUAAAGGAGAUACCACAACACUCGCUGAAUCUAAGGACUCCCAUUGCGGCCAUCGAUAAUCCGGUGUAUCACAUCUAUGAGUCCAUGAAACCUAUAACAGCUGCCAAUAUAUUCACCAACAAACCAGUAGUUAGAUCUCAUAGCAUCAUCGAAAUGAAAAGACCCAAAGAUUUUGGCAAUGCCAUUGUAAAAACUGCCGUUAUAACCAAUACUACUAGAUCAAAUCGUUCUACACCCAAUGGUUCCAGUAAAAUCUCACAAAACUCUCAAAGCCAACCGGCCUCGUUGGACAAUACCGAAGAUGAGAAUAAGGAAAAUUCAAAUACCACUACCAGCAACAGUAAUACACAAACAGCGAUUACCCGUUCGAGUAGCACUAAAUCGCACAAAUCGAAAAAUAAAGGUCCCGAAUGUAACAUAUCCCUAAUGGAAUUCGAAAAAUAUCGUGAAGAAUUUCGCAAACAAUUGAAAUACAGUGGCAGCAUUUAUUCAGACUUUACACGUCUAUCAUCUGAACUACCCUAUUUCUAUAUAAGCGAUGAAUAUAGAGCCUUCUCACCCAAUGGCAUGCAUUUAAUCAUAUGUGUUCAUGGUUUAGAUGGUAAUUCGGCUGAUUUGCGUUUGGUGCGCACAUAUUUGGAAUUGGGUUUACCCGGUGCUAAUUUAGAGUUUUUAAUGUCGGAACGUAAUCAGGGUGAUACAUUUUCCGAUUUCGAUACAAUGACUGAUAGACUUGUUGCUGAAAUUUUAUAUCAUAUCGAAACCUGUGGACUUAAUCCUACGCGCAUUUCUUUUGUAGCACACUCUUUGGGAACAAUUAUUGUACGCAGCGCUUUGGCACGACCACAAAUGCGUUCAUUAUUGCCACGCCUGCAUACAUUCCUAUCGUUGUCGGGACCUCAUUUGGGUACAUUAUAUAAUACGAGCGGACUUGUUAAUAUGGGUAUGUGGUUUAUGCAAAAAUGGAAAAAAUCUGGUUCUUUAUUACAACUUUGCAUGCGAGAUACAACCGAUUUGCGUAAAAGUUUCCUUUACCGUUUGAGUCAACGCAGUACAUUACAUCAUUUUAAAAAUAUAUUAUUAUGUGGUUCCAGUCAAGAUCGUUAUGUACCAGCACAUUCGGCACGCCUUGAAUUGUGUAAAGCCGCUAUACGUGAUAAUUCCAAUUUGGGCAUAAUAUAUAGAGAAAUGAUACACAAUAUUAUAGCGCCCAUAUUGGCUCGUCCCGAAUUGACUUUAACGCGCUAUGAUGUACACCAUGCUUUACCGCAUACAGCCAAUACCUUAAUUGGACGAGCAGCCCAUAUUGCAGUCUUGGAUUCGGAAUUAUUUAUAGAGAAAUUUUUAUUGAUAGCCGGUCUAAAAUAUUUUAGUUAGCAUAUUUAACUAAAAAAUAAACGAACUUAUUAAAUAUUAAUUUUAGUGAAAAACGGAAAUAGUUCGGAAUAGUUUUACAGGGUAAAAAAAAAACACUUUCAAGUCCGCUGAAGAAAAUAACGAGAAUUGCAAGCAUUUUCUUUUUUAUUAUUAUGAACUAAAGUAAAUAAGGAAUUUUUUUUUAAAAAACCAAAGAAAUAAUUAUAGAAAAAACAACUUCUGAUAGAAUUGACUUUUUAUAUAUUUAAAUAUAUUACAAUAUAGAUAAAGUAGUUAUUGAAAACUUUUCUAUUAAAGUUUAAAUUAAAUCAAAAUAUUAAAAAGAAAUUAAGACCCAUACAAAACACUUACAAUUCAUAACCUUAAAAUCCUUGAAACAUUUUUAAAAAUCAAAAUUAAAGAAAGUUAAAAAUACAGAUUAUAUUAAUAUAUAAAAUAUAAUCAAAUGUUGAACUUAAAAAAAAUAUUGUUGAGAUUUAUGAAAUUGUAGGAAAGAAAGCCCUUAAAAAAGGAAAUAAAAUAAAGAAAAACGAUUUUUGAAUAGUUAUAGAAAGAUUUUUAAAAAACAUAAGGAAACUCCAUAAAAAGACAUUAUUAUUAAUAUUUAUAAACAUACUUUAUAUUCCUUUUUUCGUUCAGUGUAUUUAUAUGGUACAAUAUUUGUCUUGUAUUCGUUUAUAACUUUUCUCGUUGAAAGCCGUCUUUUAAAGACCCUUUUUAAAACAGGUGUCUUUACACUAGAGUGUAAAAAAUUAUAUACAUAGUUGUCAAUUAAUGUUUAAAAAAAAUUGUUUUUCUUCUUCUUGUAUUGUAUUGUAUGUACUUUAAUCAAAAUUUAAAUGGAAAUUGUGUAAAACAUUUUUUAAAAAAUUCAAAUUAAGUUUUAAUUUUUCAAAAAUUCUUUAAAAAAUAACUUAAGCUCUACUUUAAAUUCUUUUUAUUAAAACGUUACACUUUAAUUUGCCUAUUAAUUUGCCAAUAUGUUAAAUCCUUUUCAAUUUUCAUUUCUUUUCUUAACACCAGUAAAUAGUUCUUCUUCUCCUUCUUAAUAAUUAGAAAAAAAAAACCCCGACAAAAGCUUAACAAAGUAAACGUAGUUUUAAAACAAAAAAUAGCCAACACCACCCAUUUAAAGAAAAUGAAAUAUAACGAGUUUUUUAAAUAGAUUUUACAUACGUCCAGUUCCAAUACUUUAGUAAUUGAUUGAUUGUUUCAAUCGAUUGAUUGAAUGAAGAAUGAAAGUUAUACCAAAGAUUGAUAAACAAUUUAAAAUCAACCAAAUAGUUACAUAUAGUAAUCUUAUUAGAAAAAAGUAACAGCUUUUUAAAAAAAAAAACACAUACUAAUUAAAAUUACCGUGUUUUAAUUUGUUUGUAAAAAUUAUUAUUAUAAAUGAAUAACUAAAAUAAUUACUGUCAUUAUUCAACAACAACAAAAAUCUACUCACAAUUUGUCAACUCAAAAGAAAGUUCUUAAGAAAAAUAAAAAGAUAAUUUAAAAUAUUGAAAAAGAAAAAUAGAAAA